AUGACUCGUUGGCACGGUGCUGGGAUAUGCAGCCUACCCAACCGUAUCUUCACGCGGGUCCUUCAUACUCCUGCUUACCCACAACCAAAGAGGCACUGGGCCCAGACACGUAGUAAUGGAUCUUCGAAUUCCAGGCAUGUGGAUCCUCGGGAUAUGCAGCCUACUCAACUGUAUCUUCAUGCGAGUCCUUCAUACUCCUGCUUACCCACAACCAAAGAGGCACAUUUGCUAUGGGCCCAGACACGUAGUAACGGAUCUUCGAAUUCCAGGCGUGUGGAUCCUCCUAGGUCUCAACAGAACUUCAACCCAUGUGGAUCUUACAUUGUACGCCAGGACACUCGACUUUACACUAUGGACCCUCCGACCGAAUACCAAAGUGCAGCCGCCAAGCUCGAAGCUAUGAGGGCCAAGCAUUGCCAGUACUAUGCCAUGUGCCAUGAUAUGAUACUCGCGAAAUGGAGGGAGAGAUGCUACACCAACAAAGAUGAUCCCCCAGAAUCAUUAGAGACAUUGGCUGAUUGCAUUGCCGUGGUCAAAUACGCCAAGGAUGACUUCAUGCAAUAUGUUCGAUCUCCACGAACAUUCACCUUGGGCGUCUUUGCCGAAUACACAAAAUCUAUCCCCGACACUCCUGGAGGACACGGAGAUCGAGAAAUUUUCAAAUGUGCGAUGUCGAGCAUCAAGGACUUCCUCGAGAGGGCUACUCGAGGGCAAGGUGAUUCCCCGCCACCUGGAUACUCUGCCCCUCCUGAGUCCCUGCAGCCCGAGUGUCCUGAGGCGCCUCACACUGAAGACUUUGUUGAAGAACAAGUUGGCGGAGGAAAGCGCUAUCAAGAUCCACCAGUGGAGCACACCCCUACAAAACUCCGCAGUCACAUCAAAGCUACGAACCGUGAUGCGGGUUUAGUGAAGGAAGCUUCUAUGCGUCGGGCCAGGCUUCUCAACGAGGAGUUUAUGGCGGAUUCCAAUGGACAGGUACUUGAUACAUUGCUCGCUGAUGCUGAAUACUCAACCCCUCCUCAGCCUGUGCUUCGAGAGCGUUCAGUGCCUCCUCAGCUUGCACUUCGAGAGCAUUCGGUGCCUCCUCAGACUGCACUUCGAGAGCAUUCGGUGCCUCCUCAGCCUGCUCUUCGAGGGCGUUCGGUGCCUUUGCAGCUUCCUAUACAAGAUGUGUUUUAUGAGGCUCCUCUUAUCAAUUCAUCUGAGAAUGCUUGCCCAGAUGGUGGCCAGCCUCCACAGCCCAACUUCUUUACAAAACCCUCGUUUCUACCACUGGAACAAUAUGACUUCAGUGGUAUGAUGUUGGGUUCCUUCGAAAACGGCAGAGAUGACAACCACAUUGCCGGCUCAUCGACGUUGCUACCUGCUGUGCCUCAGACUUACAUCACACCUCCUACUCCCACAGGGCCUGCAGAAUGGGAGGGUCAUCCUUACACUGACGAUUUUCCCAUGGAUGAUGCUUUUGACUUCCCCGUGGACGAUACAUCUGAUGUUGUCCCUGCAGUGAAGGGGCGAAGAUUUCAGACAGUGAAUGCUGUGCUCCAAGAGGGAUUCGUGGAACUUGAAUGUAUGAUUCAAGAUCUAAGUAGCAAAACAGCCAUCCCCACUCAUCAGAUCGUCACACUUUGGAACAAGAGCCAUGCGCGCUCCACCAGUACUGUCAACCAUUGGAACACUUACAGUAGUUACUUCAAGGACCACCUCAAGGACGAGCUUGCGAGGCUCGGCAGGAGGGCCCCCGAGAUUCAUGGCACACCAAGUGCCACUGUGCGCCAUAAUUGCUAUGAACUCUUCAAGGCAGCAUUCCUGGACAAGUGGCAAAACAUCCUCAAGCUUCAUGAACAGUCAGCGAUGCUCCUGGGUAUUCCUCAGACGGUUGCCAUGCGGGGUCAAGAGUUCCAGAAAUUUGGCACAAAGAUCUCUGGCCUUAUGGACUCUGCAGCAGCUCACUAUGGCUUUGAGGCUGCUUUUGUAGCAUGUGGAAAAGUCAUUAAUCAAGACGGCUCGCUGGGCCUAGCCCAUAUGACACCUGGAGCUGAGGGUUUUUGGAAAUCACGCUGUAGGGCUGAUGAAGAUACUAUCAUCGGUCACUUGAAAGCCCAGGUAUAUAACCUGACAUCACUUGGUGUCAUCGAAGAGGCCUUUGAUGAAGACAGCAUUGGGAUCGAGGCCAAUGUACGCGGGGUUUCAGUCCCCCCUUCAGAAUCUCUCGACAUUUCCAAGCAUGGAAUCAAGUGGAUCAAGGAUGAGUUGCAUCGUCAAAUUGAUGCACUGGGUGGAAAACUAACGUCCAACAAGAUUUUUCUGUGGAAGACACUGCCAUCAGAGCUCACGCGUAUGUCAAUGAUCAUCAAAGGAUAUCUGGAGGACGCGCUCCUCCCAGGUGGUUUUCAUACCACCGUAAAUAAAGCUAAAGUCCUCACUUCUGAGUGCCCAGUAGUGGAGGGCGCACCUCCUGCAGCAGAUUCGGUUCAUACUGCAGGACAUCGCCUUUUUGUGAAUGGCAAAUCGGAUCGCCUGGGUGCUCUGCGCCUGAAGCAGAGCACAGCUACUUCCAUAGUCAAAGGCAAAACAUCAAAGAAAGCAUUGACACUGCCUGCUUCCACAACAUCUCUUGCUGACGAGUCCAAUGACGAACCAAGUGUGUCUGCACCUGUCCGCCCCCAGCCUCCCCCCUCCCGAGAAUUCAAAGUUGUUAAGUGCCUGACGGGCCAGAAGAAGGUCGACAAGGAGGUCAUUUCCUUGGCGUCUAGUGAUACUCCGUCUGGCUCAGAGGACCUAGAUGAAAACCUGGAGGAAUCAGUGAUUCUCGACUCCGAUUACCAAGAUGAUGUUUCCUCCAAGAAGUGGAAGGUGAAAUCUGAAGGCGCCUCGCGAGCAUCCAAGAAGAGGUCACCGUCUGUUGCGCCUGCAGAGAAGGCAGUCUCAGCAAAGAAGAUGAAAGGUAAGGUACCUGUGAGGCCUAAACCCAAGGUGCCUGAGAGGAGAGCACCAUCAGGGACUGCUGAGUCCUCCGGUGAUGAACAUAUUCAAGAUGUACGAGCCAAACCUGCUAAACAUCUGCUUGAUGGUUCGUCAGCUCAAGAGCAUCCUAUGACUGCAGUUGAUCCCAUUGUGGAUAAUGACGUCGAUGCUCCUGACGGUAGUGCCGUCAACAAAGCUGCAGCAGAGACUCGCUCGAGCAAUGCUGAUGCUACCAACAGCCUCCCCACAUGUCCCUUGCCUCCCUUGCCAACUCGACAUGCUUCAGUAGACUUAUUCCCGGACAACAUUGUGUGUGCAGGAUCUCUCGCACCAGCUUCUAAGUCGCCUGUCGUGCGACCUUCAUCCCUGCAGCGCGGGGAAUCUCUUGGGCCAGCAGCUAAGUCGCCUCUCAUGCAACCUCAAUCCCUGCAGCCUGCGACAAUUCACGACCAACCCAUUGGGCACAGGGAGCCUGUCAUGGGGAUGCCACGAUCCCAUCAUGAGCGGCGUACCAAAUCCGAGAUGGCGGCUGCACCUACCGACAGAGACUUUAAUGCCGAGAGUCACUCCAUGACGCGGGCACAUGAUGCAGACAUGAGACCAGGGAUGUAUGGUCCACGCCCAAGGGGUCCAAUGCCAUCGCGCUAUGGACAAGGCCUUGCUCGUUACCCGCUGCCCGAAUAUUACCAUGACUCCCGUAUGGCUCAUGCCCCCCAGCCCCCCCAUGGUCCUCAGCCUCAGUAUCACAGUGAUUACCAUGAUGCUCCCUACCACAAUUCUUGUGAUGGAUACGACAGUUAUGUCAAGACUUAUUGGCACCCUCCCAGCAGUGCAUAUUUUGGUCCACAAGGCAGAUACCAGCAUGGGUAUGGGUGUGAGUAUCCUAACGAGUACCCCAAGGACCAGGAGGAUUGA